AUGGAGGGAUGUCGUCCGAGUUCUUUUCCGAUUGAUCAGAAGCUCAAACUUGAUUUGGAUGAAAAUGGCAGCAAAAUUGAUGCUAGUUCGUAUCGACGCCUCAUUGGACGAGUUAUCUACUUGCAAGCUACUCGUCCUGAUAUUGCGUAUACUGUUAAUGUGCUCAGUCAGUUUGUUUCAGAUCCUCGUCAAAGUCAUAUGAAUGCAGCUUCACGUUUACUUCGUUAUCUCAAGACAACACCAGGUCAGGGAAUUUUAUUACCAAAGGACGAAGGGAUGAACUUAGUUGCUUAUGCCGAUUCCGAUUGGCUUGGUUGUCCUCUUACUAGGCGGUCUAGAACAGGUUAUAUCGUGUUUUUUGGUGGAGCUCCCAUUUCAUGGAAGACUAACAAGCAAUCUGCUGUCUCGCUUUCUUCUGCCGAGGCUGAAUAUCGAGCCAUGGCUACCACUGUUAGUGAGAUUAUUUGGUUACGAUGGCUUCUCCAGGAAUUAGGAGUGACUCAAACCUGUCCUACUACUCUCUUUUGUGACAAUCAAGCUGCUCGACAUAUUGCAAACAGUCCAGUUUUUCAUGAACGAACAAAACAUGUCGAGAUGGAUUGCUAUUUUGUUCGUGAACGUGUUGUGACUAAAGAAAUCUGUACUAUGGCCAUUGACAGCAAACUUCAACUCGCUGACCUCCUGACGAAAGGUCUUGGUGCAGCUCAGCUUCGAUUUCUACUUGGCAAGCUCGGUGUUGUUAAUUUACACACUCCAGCUUGA